AAAUAGAUUUGUGAGGAAAAACCCUUCUGCAAGAUGCAAGAAGUGGUUGUAGUUUUCCAUUUAUAUAUAAUUACAGGAUGAAAUUUGAAUCUUAAUUACAAUAAUUGUAGAAAUAGCCGUUGGUUAAAAUCACUGAUUUGAAGCCUUAAUGGUUGAUUGCAUCUUCCUAUUAUCUUGGAGAUUAGUUGCUAGAUUCUUGCUGGAGUCAAUUAAUUUUGAUUUGCUGUGAUUUUGAAAAUCAAAUGCCUUGCUUGAAUCAUGGACAGCAUUUAAACUCGAUGAUCUUUGAGCCCCAUUUAAACUUGAUGCCUUGCUUGAAUCAUGUUGCCUUGAAUCACGGAUAGCAUUUAAACCUAAUGAUCUUUGAUAUUUAUCAAAUGUGUUUACACUGUUACCAAAGUUGUGGCGAUUUUAAUGCUCUUAGGAAGGGUUGUUGGAAAAGAAAAGAAAGUGAAAUCGAUGUUACUUCCAUUGAUGUGUCCUGUGGUGAUGAGUUUGAGAAUGGGUUGGGACCUAGCAAGUUCUCUUACAAUGAAUUGUCAAAAGCAUCAAAGAAUUUUGCAAAUGAAGAGAAGCUUGGUGAGGGAGGAUUUGGAGCAGUUUAUAAAGGUGUAUUGAGGGAUUCCAAUAGAAAUGUUGCAAUUAAAAGGGUUUGGAGGAUGUCCAAACAAGGGAUAAAAAGGUAUGAAUCAAAAGUAAAGAUUAUUAGUCCAUUGAGGCAUAGAAAUUUGGUGAAGCUUAUUGGCUGGUGCCAUGAAAAGGAACUCUUAUUUGCUUACGAGUUCAUGCCUGGGGGCAGCUUGGAUUUCCAUCUAUUCAAACGGAAAAGCUUGUUACCAUGGGAUAUUAGAUACAAAAUUGCGCAAGGCUUAGCAUCAACAUUAUUGUAUCUACAAGAAGGAGAUUUUUGUGUACUACAUAGGGAUAUAAAAGCAAGUAACAUUAUGUUAGAUUCGGCUUUCAAUGCAAAGUUUGGAGAUUUUGGGUUAGCUAGGUUGGUUGACCAUGAAAAAGGUUCACAAACAACACUAUUGACUGGGACUACAGGCUACAUGACUCCUAAGUGUCACACAACAGGUAAGGCAAACAAGGAGUCAGAUGUUUAUUGAUUUGGAGUUGUGGCACUUGAAGUUACGUGUGGUAGAAGGUCAAUAGACCCCAGCUGUGAUGAGCUUCUAGUGGCUUGGGUUUAGGAAGCACAUGGGAAUCAAAUGCUUCUUGAUGUAGCUGACAAGAAACUCUCUGCAAGUUUUAAUGUGAAAGAGAUGGAGUGUUUGUUGCUUGCUGGCGGUUAUGGUGUGUGCAUCCUUCCCCCAAUAUGAGGCCAUCAAUUAGGCAAGCAAUCCAGGUGCUUAAUUUUGAGGCAGCACUUCCAAACUAUCAUGUAAGAGGCCUAUUUCCAAUUAUGAUAUCUCUAUUACUUCAAUCAUCAAAGAAAGUGAACCUAAUUCAUUGAGCAUUACCAUCCCUCGCUAAUUUUCAUAUCAAACCCCAUGUAAAUUCAUGCUUAUUAUAAACAAGUGUGUUUAUUGUUCGAGAUUAAUAUGUAUGCCUUGCAUUUCAUCUUGAAUCUUCAAUUCUUAUGGCGUUUUUGUGCUUGUAAAUCUGUUUAUUUGAACAAUUAAAAUUUUUGUUAAUCA